AUGUCAGAAAGAGAGAAGACGACAAAUGAAAAAAUUUCUUACUUGGAAGAGGUAAUUAAGAAGAUGAAAAGUGAUGAAGCCAGUCUAUGUGCUCAGCUCAAGAGUGAGAACUGGGUUUUAGAGUGUGGUAAAAAAAGAGCUGAAGAUGAGAUUGAAGUUCUAAAGAUGAAUUUUAUGAAAUUGCAGAAAGAAUUAAAAGAUUAUACAUCCAAGUGUCAUGGCUUGUCAACAACGCUUAAGGUGAAGGAAAUGGAGUGUGUUGGCACUGAGUCUCAGUUGAAGGAGCUGAAUGAAAGUAAGAUUGGUGUUGAAAAUGAACUCAAGGAGUACGAGAUAAUGUGUGGUCGAUUGAAAGAGCAGAUAAUUAAGAGUCUGGAGGACAAGAGAAUUGCAAGUGAAAGAGAAAAGGAAGCAAAAGAAAGAACCAUUAAGCUGGAAGAGGAAAUCAAGAAGAUGGGAAGUGAUCUGAGGGAGAAAUGUGUUGAGUUCAGUAAGGAGAUUAUAGAUUUAAAGACUGUGAACCAAAGAGCAAAAGAAGAGAUGGAGAUUUGGAAGAAGAAAUAUACGGAUUUGGAGUGUGAGAAAAGAAGAGCAGAUGGUGAAAUUGAGCUUGUAAAGAAAAAGUGUAGAGAAUUAGAGAUUCAAGCAAGCGAGAUGCUGAAUCAUGGAUCCGAGUUGGAAGAUUAUAAAACCAAAUGUCAUGGAUUGUCAGCAGCGCUUAAGGUGAAGAAAAUGGAGUGUGUUGGAUUUGAGGGUAAAUUGAAGAACCUAAUGUCAGCAAAGGUUGCUCUUGAUCAUGAGCUUGAGGACCGCCAAACCACCUGCAGCCGAAUGAAAGAGGAUAUUACGGGUUUAACAAAUGUAGGAAAGAUUAUGUCCGAAAGAGAGAAGACGUCACAUGAUAGAAUUGCUUACUUUGAAGAGUUAGUUAAUAAGAUGGAAAGUGAUGAAAAGGAUAUGCUUGUUCAGCUUAAGAAUGCGAACAUGGUUUUGGAGCGUGGGAAAAGAAGAGCGGAGGACGAGGCUGGGAAUUGGAAGAAGAGAUUUACGGAGCUGGAGAUGGGAUUGGAAAGCUUACAAAAGGAAUAUGCUUAUGAUGAUAUAUGCGAGAAAUAUAUGGACGAAUAUAUUAGCAGGAAAAUGGAUGGCAGGGUCAAUGCUGCUAGUGUGGCUCACUUGACUAAAAGUGAAAAGGUUCUUAGUCCUGCUUCUCUACCCGCUACGGACUUUUCUUCAUUCCAUGAAAUGUUGUUUGAAGAUGUACAUGUCUCAGACACACCUAAUACCAAGAGCCAAUUUGACCAUUCUGCAGAUUUUAAGGUUGAGAAGAAGAAUAUUUGUUCAGAUACCAAGGUGGAGUUGGUGAGUAAAGCUAAACAGCAACCAGGUUCUGAGACAGGAGGGAGCUGCAAAGAAAAUCUGGUUUUUCUCAAACAAGAUGGUGUAACAACAUCAUCCAUAUGUAUAAUUGAGAUCGAGGAUGACGUUAUUGAGGUCAGUGACGGUGAGGAUGAAAAGGAGAUUCCUCUGACACAUACUUGUAACAACAAAGGUGAAGACAUAGAUCAUGCAUCAACUGAUGGAACUUUGAAAACAUUGAACAAGUUUUUGGAAAGGCCAUUGUCAGUUUGGGGAAGCCUUGACAAGAAUAUUCAAUUCUCUUCAACUAUGAAAAGAUGCAAGGUUUCCACCAGCCGAAGUGUCAGCCAAGAAGAUGAUAAGUUCCCAAAUAUAAAGAUAUAAAAACUUUUACGCAGUGCAGGACUUUACCAAUCCAUGGUCUUUUACUCUUUUAUUUAUUUUUAGGAAACUCGAACAGAAUAUAGAAAGUCACAUUGUCUGUGCCCUCAGGAGACCCCUUGCAUGCACAAAACAAGUACCA